CCCCGCCAGUCCCACAAGGCGCCGCGGGCCGCUCGUACGCGAGUUCCGGGCGGGGCGUUCCCGCGCCCGUAGCAACCGCAGCGUUCGCGGUAUCCACGGCACCAUGGCAAAAGCAACGACCAUCAAAGAGGCUCUAGCUAGAUGGGAGGAGAAGAGUGGCCAGAAGGCUUCAGAGGCAAAGGAAGUGAAACUGUAUGGGCAGGUUCCUCCUGUAGAAAAGAUGGAUGGCGCUCUCUCCACUCUUGUUAACUGCGAGAAACUGUCGCUGUCUACAAACUGCAUUGAUAGAAUUGCCAACUUGAACAACCUAAAAAAUUUGAGGAUUCUGUCUUUGGGAAGAAAUAACAUAAAGAACUUGAAUGGAUUGGAGGCAGUUGCUGACACUUUAGAGGAGCUGUGGAUCUCAUACAACUUAAUUGAGAAACUGAGGGGUAUCCGUGUAAUGAAGAAACUGAAGGUUCUUUAUAUGUCAAAUAAUUUGGUGAAAGAGUGGGCAGAGUUUGUGAGACUGUCAGAGCUGCCAGUACUAGAGGAGUUGGUGUUUGUAGGCAAUCCACUACAAGAGAAAUUUGCUGCUGAUCAGAACAGUUGGAUUGAAGAAGCAACCAAACGGGUACCCAAGCUGAAAAAGCUGGAUGGUACUUUAGUUGUUAAAGAAGAAGAGGAAGAAGGAGCGGAAGGAGCGGAAGGAGCAGAAGGAGGAAACUGAUGACACUUUCUUGUUGGGUAUUAAAUUAUUAAAGUAACUCCAGAUAGCUUGGCACAUAAACUUUUAUAAGUAUUUGUUUUGAAGAAAAUCUUUGGGCAGUUUUCAAAAGAACAGCUUAUCUCCACAGUCUCUCACCCAAAGAGUUAGUUACCAAAAAUUGCUCACACUGGUUUGUCAAGCUUAUGACACCUUCUGUAGAGACUAGUGGAGCUGAGUUUACUUGCUGUUUGGCUAGCAAGAGAUCUUUAUUUAAAUUAAUACAUAACUAUUUUUAAAUCCUGAUUAGUGGUGCUUGUUAUUCACUCUUGGGUUAUAAAAGAACUGUUUUAGCUUUUUUGGUGCUGCUGGCCAACAUUGAAUUGGAAACUCUGAGGCCAGAAGAACAAUGUUGUGGGUUAGAGACACCUAACAAGCUUUUUUGUGUUUAAUUUUGUCAUGGCACUUUCUCAAUAUUUUUAAUAUGUGAGUUUGCCUUUUCAUUCCUUGAAGAGUUAUGCCAAACAGGCCCAGUAGUUGCAGACAUACGCACAAGAAGGUAUUGAUCUGACGAGCGCCUGUUCCUGGCCCCAAGUCUUGAAAUGGGCUUCUCACAUUGGAACUCAACUGCAUUGCUUAGAGCCAUGUAUAACUUAUAUAUUUAUUUAUUUUUAAGAGGCAUGGGAAUUCUUUGCAUGGUUUCAGUAAAAUACCUGCUAACUUUGAGGUUUGUCUCUUAGUAGGAAAUUACUUUAGAUUGGAAUAUGUGGCCUAGUAGCCUACAGCUGGUUUCUGGCUUUGGAUUGGGCAUAAUCCUUCUCAGCUCUGGAAUCUUAGGCUGAUAGUAAGAGAAACUAACAGCAAACAGAAGACUUGGGCUUGAGGACAGAAAAUUUUCAUUUUGGGGAUACUCAUUUUUUGUGAAAGCACAGGUGAGAGAAAGUAUAUGUAGUUAGUGGGAACGGUGAGGUGAGGUGAGGUGAGGUGAGGUGAGGUGAGGUGAGGUGAGGUGAGGUGAGGUGAGGUGAGAUGAGAUUAGAUAAUGAUGAGAUGAGAUGAGAUGAGAUGAGAUGAGAUGAGAUGAGAUGAGAUGAGAUGAGAUGAGAUGAGAUGAGAUGAGAUGAGAUGAGAUGAGAUGAGAUGAGAUGAGAUGAGAGGAGAGGAGAGGAGAGCAUUGGUAAAAAAACUAUUGAGGAGGUACUGAAUGUGCUAUAUUGCAGGGUAACCAGUUUUAGUAAAGCCUUCUUAUGUGGCUAUUUCUAGUGAAAAGCAUUCAACAAUGAUGAAGACAUACCUGAUUGCACUCUGGGAUGCCAAUAGUAUGGUUUUUCUUCUCUUUGAAGAAUAGAUGGAGUCACCUGAGUAGAUUUUUCUGCAGCUACUUUUUGGUUUUUUAACAAGUUUUUCUUCUAAUUUGUGGUACUAUCUUUUUUUUAAAUUGAAGUGGCAACAAGUGUAACUGCUGGUUCCAGCCUAGGUAUAGAAGGGAUGGGGGCAGAAUGCCAUUCUUAAGUUAUUUUGUUCAUGAAGGUGUGGCAGGAGUCGAAGUCUUGGAAAUCAAGUUCAGAGAUGAAAUGGUAGAAUUGGCCCAGGCCAAUCAGUGGUACUGAUCUCAAGCUCCAGGAAUAAUUGUAAUAGGUGAUUCUCUCUAAUCAGUUUCUAAGUGAACACUGUGAAGUAAAUGCUUACAAGACAAUCACAAUUUAAUUUCAAUAUAUUGCUACUUAAUCUGUGAUUAUUAGGGGAAUUCUAAAGCAUUCUGAUUUAAGUUGGCAUUUGCUGAAGUGGUUUCAAUUUGAUUUGGAUUUGUUACUACAAGUAAGGUCAAGAGUGCAAUGGCAAAAACUCUAGACAUUCUUCACCCAGCACAAACUAUUUCCAGGCAGCUGUUCUCUUUACCAGAAACUGCUUUCUUAGUUAGCUAAUUCACUGGAUUUAGACAACUUCAUUUUUGCUUGUUAUUUCUUUGGAAGUAUUCUCCUAGCUUUAUCAUGAGUUACAGGUAGCACCUACCAAGAAGCACCAUGAAGGAGUGUCUACAGUCAGCAGCCAUUUCACAAAUCCUUUGAAGCCAACCACUCUUGGCAAGGAGGGUGUGCUUGGGCAGUGCAGAGCCCAUGGCACACUUAGGCCUUGCUGGCCCCAUCUGCUGGGAGGCCCACAGGGGACUGGCUCUGCCCUUGAUGACUUCAGUUCAAGUGUGGUUCAUGUGAGCCAGAGGAUGACUGGCUCAAAACUUGCCUUCUGAAUGUUCCCAACAAGCAGAAAUGCCAAAUUUGUCUCUGUGCUUGGAGAUAUUUUCAGAAUAGACCACAUGGUGCUGUUCUAGUGCUGUCCAGAAAGAAAAGUGGUUGAAGCUGUAGACCUGGUCUCUACCAGCACAGCUGCAAGUGGUGGGUAUGGCUGGGUCAGCUCCACACGACUGUGACAGGAGGGAAAGAGAGUGAUGAGCACAAUCCAAUGCCAAGCAAUCCUGCUGGUUGAUUCUUUAAAUAUGGCCUAAGUCUGUACAUACUCUACACUUUGGCUAUAUUGGGGCAUUCUGAGAGAGGAACAGAAACUUAGUGUUCUGACUAUGUUGUAAUGACUGAAGUGAAACACAGAUCCAUUGACAAGUUGUGAGGGAUAAGAGCAGUUUCUGGCUCUUGUAAGUCAUCAGUAGAGGCUGCAACUACGAGAAUCAGUCCAAAACUAUUGUAGGUGGUGGUAGAGCUGGGUGGAUUGUGUGGCCCACUGGCAUUGGUGCUGUCCACAGAUGAAAUGGCACAAAUUCUCUAGCUCUUUUCUUUGGGGGCUGCAUUGUAAAUACCAACAAAAAAGGGGAAAAUUAUUGAAGGAAGGGAGCAUUCAGUCUUAGCAUAUAAUUUAAAACUCUCCUGAUAAAAACUAUGUGUCAGUCUCAUUGAAACAAUACAGUAAGAAAAGAAUUGACUGUGGCUUGUGUUUGCCAGGAGAUGCUUCAUCUAAAAGCUGGUAGCUUCACUUUACCUUGCUUUGCUUAAUGAGUUGUGAUUACUCUGAAGAACAAAACACCCCCCCCCCCCUAAACUUUUUCUUCUCCAAAGUAAGGUUCCCCUAAAUUUUUAAAUUUGCACUUUAAAAUUAGGCACUGGAUGUGGUGGAAGACAUGGAGAGGUGGUAGAAUUCAAACAGCUGGUUUGCAUAUUGGUGGUGCUACACAAUGUUAUGUGUAAGGUGACAAUGACACCUUGGCCUGUGUACCCACAGGGUUGUGGGAGUGAGAUGCUGGAAAGCCUGGCUCUUAUUUGUACACUCUACUGUUCCCUAUUACACCACAUCCAUUGAAAUAGUAAGCACACUAUUACUCGUGGAUGAAAAGAGGACCCAUGUAAAAUGUGCAAUCAAUGUGGAAUUCUGCAUUUCCCAGUGAAGUUACGGAGGACUAGCAUCCACUUUAUUCCUUACAGAAAUAUUCUAAAAUCAAAUUAGUGGUAGCAACUAGCUAGGUUUUUUGCUUGCUUGUUGGCACACUCACCUAUCUUCAAAGAGCUGAUUGAUAUAUGCAGUGCUUAUUGAGAACUGGUGGAAAAAUGACAGAAGAGACCUGAGAACCAGCAGAUGACUCAGAUUACACUAGAAGUAGGCUCAUCUAGAAAAUUCCAAGCAAGAGAGCACUUUUAACAUCCCCUUUGGCAGUCUUUUGUAUACAGUAAUUUUGUAGCAUGAAAAGCUGUUAAAUUUGCUGUGUUUAAAUUAUUUAGGCCUAUGUUUAUAAAUGUUCUUCUGUGAAACUUGUUAAAAAAAAAUAUAAGCUUAUUUUA